GAAUUCCCCACCAGACAAAUGUAAUUACCGGGGCGGCGGGACCCCUCCCCUGUGGGAGCCCAGUGGCAUAAAGGGCCCGGCCGCGGCCCAGCCGCCCAGCCAUGCAGGCCCCCAGCCGCCGGCGGAGGUGGCCCGGCCUCCCCAGCCCCAGUGCGCGCGAGGCGGCCUCCAUGUACGGCACGGCGGUGGCCGUCCUGCUGGUCAUCCUGGUGGCCGCGCUGCAGGGCUCAGCCCCCUCCGCCGACCCCUUCCCCUACCACAUCCCCCUGGACCCCGAGGGCACCCUGCAGCUCUCCUGGAACGUCAGCUACGCCCAGGAGCUCGUCCACUUCCAGCUGCUGGCCCGCCAGCCCGGGGCCGGAGUCCUCUUCGGGAUGUCCGACCGUGGCGAGCUGGAGAACGCCGACCUCGUCGUGCUCUGGACCGACGGGGACAGGGCCUACUUCGGGGACGCCUGGAGUGACCAGAAGGGGCAGCUCCACCUCGACCCCCAGCAGGACUACCAGCUGCUGCAGGCACAGAAGACCCCGGAAGGCCUGUACCUGCUCUUCAAGAGGCCCUUUGCAACCUGCGACCCCAAGGAUUACUUCAUUGAGGACGGCACUGUCCACCUGGUGUACGGGCUUCUGGAGGAGCCAUUCCCGUCGCUGGAGGCCAUCAACACGUCCAGCCUGCGCACAGGGCUGCAGAGGGUGCAGCUGCUGAAGCCCAACAUCUCCGUCCCCACCCUGCCCUCAGACCUGCACACCCUGGAGAUCCGCGCUCCCGACGUCCUGAUCCCCGGCCAGGAGACCACGUACUGGUGCUACAUCACCGAGCUUCCGGAAGAAUUCCCACGUCACCACAUCGUCAUGUACGAGCCCAUCGUCACCGAGGGCAACGAGGCCCUGGUGCACCACAUGGAGGUCUUCCAGUGCGCGGCCGAGUUCGAGAGCUUUCCACACUUCAGCGGGCCCUGCGACUCCAAGAUGAAGCCGAGCCGCCUCAAUUACUGCCGCCACGUGCUGGCCGCCUGGGCCCUGGGCGCCAAGGCCUUUUACUACCCAGAGGAAGCUGGCCUUGCUUUUGGGGGUGCCGGCUCCUCCAGAUAUCUCCGCCUGGAGGUGCACUACCACAAUCCUCUGAAGAUACAAGGCCGCCGUGACUCCUCGGGCAUCCGCCUGUUCUACACGGCCACGCUGCGGCCCCAUGACGCGGCCAUCAUGGAGCUGGGCCUGGUGUACACGCCGGUGAUGGCCAUCCCCCCACGGGAGCCAGCCUUCGUCCUCACCGGCUACUGCACGGCCAAGUGCACCCGGCUGGCCCUGCCGCCCGCAGGCAUCCACAUCUUCGCCUCGCAGCUCCACACGCACCUGACAGGCAGGCAGGUGGUCACGGUGCUUGUCCGGGACGGCCGGGAGAGGGAGGUCGUGAACCGGGACAGCCACUACAGCCCACACUUCCAGGAGAUCCGCAUGUUGAAGAAAGUUGUGUCCGUCCGUCCGGGAGACGUGCUCAUAACUUCCUGCACAUACAACACACGGGACAGGGAGCAGGCCACCGUGGGGGGCUUCGGGAUCCUGGAGGAGAUGUGCGUCAACUACGUGCACUACUACCCCCAGACGCAGCUGGAGCUCUGCAAGAGCGCCGUGGACCCUGGCUUCCUGCAGAAGUACUUCCACCUCGUGAAUAGGUUCAACAGUGAGGACGUCUGCACCUGCCCGCAGGCCUCAGUCACACAGCAGUUUGCAUCUGUGCCCUGGAACUCGUUCAACCGCGACGUGCUCAGGGCCCUGUACGGCUUCGCCCCCAUCUCCAUGCACUGCAACAAGUCCUCGGCCGUGCGCUUUCAGGGUGAGUGGAGUCUGCAGCCCUUGCCCGAGAUCAUCUCCACACUGCAAGAGCCCGCCCCGCGGUGCCCAGCCAGCCGGGGCCAGAGCCCUGCGGGCCCCGCUGUGGUCAGCAUCGGCAGGGGCAAAGGCUGA